GAGAGAUAUCAGAGAGAGAGGUUUGGGAUUUUCCCUCACUUCAAAAAGAGAUCCAUCCUUAGCUCUCCUCAUCAGUAUCAACGCCCAGAUCCUACUUCCUCGAUUUGAUCUCAUCAUCUUCUCCAACAGUUUUUCCUCUUUUUCUUUUUUUUUUGAAAUAUCUAUUUCUUCGAUCCUAUCUCUCUCUCUCUCUGAAAGCGAGUCAUGCCUGCUCAGACUCAGACGCACGACUCAGAAGAAGACGACUACUCCUCUUCAGAGCCGCUGCCAUCAUCUAUCCGGGCAAGAGAGAUGAAGAGUCCACUCAAUCAUGGUGAGGAUUUGAUCAAGGCAAUCAUAGAGCGCAAGAAAUACGCCAAGAUGGACGCAUCGAAAGAGCAUAGCAAACCGGCUGCUCCGCCGAGCAACAGGAUAUGUAUCUGUUCCCCAACAAGCCACGCGGGCUCCUUCCGGUGCCAUCUCCACCGAGAGAAUCAAGCGACCAAACCAUCCUCGAUGAACUCGGAACGGCCUGCUUUAACCGAGACCAAGUUCGGGCGCCGCCACUGCUCGUUCAGCAGCCCGCAUCUGCUGUCGAGAUUCGGUAGGCGCUCCACCACCAAGUCCUUCAUGUGAUGGACAUUCCCACGAGUUCUCGGGCAAAGGCUAAAUGCACGAGGUGUGAGGCUUGAUAGGGUGGUUUUAGAACCCUUCUCAGCUUUUGUAAAUAGCUUUUCAUUCUUUUGCAGUUCUUUCUUUUCCAUGCUCAUCUCACUAAAAGUCCUGGGGUUGGGUGAACUGUUUACAUAAAGCCAGUUCUAGCUCGGAACAGAGGCUGUUGGUAGAAAGACGUGCAGUUACUCAGGAAUAAGCCCUGCAUAAAUGUCUGCAUUAGUCCUAAAGAUCAUCUCAAGGUAGAAUGAUAUUGUCAUUCGGCUAUAAAA